AUGGCGGGCUUAUACGACUGUGACAGUGAGGUGAAAGCAUUCGACGAGAUGAAAAUCGGAGUUAAGGGUCUCGUCGACGCCGGAAUCACACAUAUCCCUCGCAUUUUCCAUCAUUCACCACAUGUCACCGUAGCAAACCCUACCAUACCCUCCUCGACGGUGGUGAUUCCAACGAUCGAUCUUGGAGGUGGCAUGUUCGAGUCCCCUGUAACACGAGAGAAUGUGGUUGCGGAAGUGAGAGACGCGGUUGAGAAGUUCAGGUUUUUCCAGGUGAUAAAACAUGGGAUUCCACUUGAUGUUAUGGAGAAGAUGAAGGAGGGGACUCGUGGGUUUCAUGAGCAAGACACGGAAGUGAAGAGAGGGUUUUAUAGCCGAGACAUCACCAAGUAG